UUAAUGCUGGUUAACUCCCUUGUAGCUGAUAACCGUCGUCUCUCGUCAAGCAUGCGAUCUUGGCUAUAAAUACACUACUUCGCCUUCCUUAGCCUACCAUGGCGACUCUCAUCGGUGCCUUGUCUCUCGUUGCCCUCCUCUUCUUCUCCUCCUUCCCCCCUGCGGCGGAGUCCCGGGGUUCCCGCGUCCGCAAGUUGGAAGAAGAAAGCGACUUCUUCCUCACCCAGAAGGAGCACUGGUUCAAUCAAACCCUCGACCACUUCUCCAUUACGGGACAUCGUAAAUUCCAGCAGCGUUAUUAUGAAUUUCUUGAUCACUACCAAGCUCCUAAAGGCCCAGUAUUUCUUGUAGUUUGUGGUGAAGAGUCUUGUGACGGCAUUUUUAGGAAUUAUAUAGUUGCACUAGCAAAAAAAUUCGGUGCGGCUUUGGUUUCUCUGGAGCAUAGAUACUAUGGAAAAAGUUACCCUUUCAGUAACUUAACAGCCAGAAACCUACAAUUUCUUUCCUCAAAGCAAGCAUUGUUUGACAUGGCUGUUUUCCGCCAGUAUUACCAGGAGCAUUUGAAUGCAAAAUAUGGUGUAGGGGAAAGUCCCUGGUUUGUCAUUGGUCUUUCAUAUGCUGGAGCACUCAGCGCCUGGUUCCGUCUGAAAUUUCCUCAUCUCACUUGUGGGAGUCUUGCGAGUUCGGCAGCUAUUCAUAUGGUUUAUAACUUUGCAGAUUAUGAUCUACAGAUGGGAAGGUCAGUUGGUACUGAAUGUAAAACUGUUCUUCAAGAAAUAACUCAUCUUGCUGAGAAGCAACUUCAGAAUGAUGGAAACUCUGUGAAGAACUUGUUUGGUGCAUCCAAGAUUAAGGACGACUACUUCUUAUACCUGCUGGCUGAUGUUGCUGGUUCAGCUAUUCAGGAUGGUACUCCCGAUCAACUAUGUUCUCCUCUUAUUGAUGCCAAAAGAAAUGGGACAAACUUAUUGGAAGUAUAUAGUACCUAUAUCAAAAAUAAUUUUCUUGGGAAUUAUUCAUCACUUGACCUUUAUGAUCCAGAAUAUUAUAAGAACACGACGCCGGGGCAGAACAGUGCUGAUCGACUAUGGUGGUUCCAACUUUGUACUGAGUUUGGUAAUUUUCAAGUAGCACCAAAGUCUGAUGCUAUUCGUUCAUCAAGGAUUGACUUGAGGUGGCAUUUGAACUUCUGUAAGAAUAUGUUCGGAAGUGUGUACCACAAAAUUAAUAUGACCAAUGUGUAUUAUGGAGGCAAAAAUAUUAGUGGUACAAAAAUUAUUUUCACCAAUGGUUCACAGGAUCCUUGGCUUGGUGCAUCUAAACAAACAUCAUCGAAAGAUUUGCCUUCCUACUUGCUCAAGUGCCACAACUGUGCACAUGGUUUCGAUCUCGCUGGAUGUCCUUCAUCAGCUUCUGAUGUAAAAGAAAAGUGUGAAAACGCAGUGCAUGCAGUGAGGCAGAAGAUCAUAGAACACAUGGAAUUGUGGCUCUCACAAUGUUCAGCUUAGCAGGAAUCAACUCUGACUUUUCCCAAGUGAAUAAUGAACGCAAAUGUAUUUGUAGUGCAUUUCUUGUCGAUUACGCGAAUAAAAUCGAACAAAAUGCAUGCAAUUACGCAUCAACUUUGCCAUAGUGAAAUUCCAAAGAAACCUACCACUGUUUUUCAUUGUUCCUUCAAUGAAAUAAAAUUUU